AUGUUAGCAAACGAGAUAACCCCCAAUGCGUACACCUAUACCAUGAUCAUCAAGGAACUUGCUUCUUGCUCCCUUAGGGACCCUAAUUUUCCACAUUUCGUUAAGUUUGCAAAGAUGUACUUUGUGGAAAUGUUGGACAAAAGAUUGCAGCCAACUUCUGGCACCUACAUUGCCUUGUUUGAGAAACUUGAUGAGGGCAGAGAUAGAAAGGAGUUUGGAGAGCUGAUUAAAGCUAAAGGGUUUGUGCUUCCUCCAGAUGAUUUUCAUACAGCUGAGAGGGAUCAAGAAAUUCCAUUUAUCACUGAAGGCCUAGUUGAAGCUGCUUUUCGUCAAAGGAAUGUGUUUGAAAGUGCUACCAAAGACACUAAUGAUAAGGAAAUGCAACAAACAUUUGAAAAGAUGCGCACCAAUUGGAUUGUGGAAGAAGCAUGGAGAAUGUAUCAUGGUUUGUUAAAGGACAACCAAGUUGAUCAAGCCAAUGAAUUCUAUAAACAGAACAAGAGGGGAAUAAUUCCCGACGUGGCCAUCCAUACUGUCGUGAUUGAGGCCUACGCCAAUGCUGGGAAGGCUAAUGGUGCUCUCAAGGCUUACAAGCACAUGUUGGCCAAUGGGGUCGACCCCAAUUUGUACACUUACAGUGUACUGAUCAAGGCAUUGUCUGCUGACUCGGAUUUCGUUCUGAUUGCCAGGAAAUACUUUCUUGAGAUGUUGGACAAGAGAAUAAUACCUAAUAGUGAUAUCUAUGAAGCCAUGUCCAAGGGAGCUAAGGCAGAGGACAUGGAGUACAUGGAGUUUGCUGAGGCUGUGCUAGCUAAGAGGAUAAAAGUCUUAAAGGAGAAAGAUGGCAAAGAAGGCGACCCAGAAGACUUGGAAACAAUCUUGCUUAUGUUAGAAUAUGGGAUCCCAAUUAAGGCUGAAUCGUACAAUAUGAUCAUCAAGAUGCACGCCUUCCAUAAUCUUUGCCCCUCUGCUGUUCAGUAUGCCAAGAAGUACUUUCUACAAAUGCUUGAGAAGGGAAUGCAGCCUGAUUCCGGUACCUAUACCCUCGUGAUGGAGGCCAUUGCCUGCCAGUCGGACAGCAAGACGAAGGUGAUAGAGGAGGCCAUAGAGUUUAUGAAGCAAAUUAAAGAUAAGGGUCUUGUGCUUGACAACCCAAGUUAUUUUGAGUUCCACGACCAUCUUGAAGAUGCAGUUGAUACAUUCAGGAUGUUCGAAUAUGCCACCAGAAUCGAUGAUGAGGAGAUGAAAGAAAUCUUCUUAAAGUGGCGCAUCGAUCGAGAGGCAGUCAUGAAAUUUGGAUUUGAUAUGCUCAGUGGUCUGGUGGAUGAUAGCUAUGGGGAUGAGGCCUUUGAGCUUUUUGAGCCGGUCUUUGAGACGGGCAUAUAUCCCUCAUUUGUCAUGCACACAACUAUCAUCCAGGCCUAUGUUGCUGCUGGCAAGAUUAAGGGAGCUUUCGAUGCCUACCUUCACAUGUUAGCGGCUAAGAUCACUCAUAACUUGUACACUUAUAGUGUCCUCAUCAAGGCACUCUCUGCUGAUCCAAACUUGUUUAAGUCUGCCAAGGUUAACUUGCUGGAUAUGAUGAAAAAGAAAAUGCAUCCUAACGCAGGUACCUACACAGCAGUGUUUGAGGGCUUUACUCGGCAGAGGGACAAGGGAGUGGAGAAGGGAAGAGAGUUUUUGAAUCAGAUGAAGGGCAAUGGAUUUGAGCCUGACGAGGGCGCUGUGAGGGAGGUGCUAAGAGGAAGAAAAGGUGAAGUGGUCCAAGAGGUCAUGGAAAUUCUGUUUGACAAAUCUCACCUGCCUUGUGUUUCUUCCUUGACAAACAGGCUUCAGAACAUCAUACAGUGA